GCCACAGAGCGAGUGAGCUAGCUCCUCUGCCAACGCCGUGGGCACAGCCGCUGGUUCCCCCACAGCCGGCGACGCGGACACAGCCGGUCCCACCACAGCCGGCGCCGCGGACACAGCCGUUCCCCCACAGGCAGCGCUGCAGGCACAGCCGGUCCCACCACAGCCGGCGCCGCGGACACAGCUGGUUCCCCCACAGCCAGCGCCGCGGGCACAGCCGAUUCCCCCACAGCCGGCACCGCAGGCACAGCCAGUCCCUCCAUAGCCGGCGCCACAGACACAGCCGGUCCCUCCACAGCCAGCGACGCGGGCACAGCCAGUCCUUCCACAGCCAGCAUCACGGACACAGCCGGUCCCUCCACAGCCAGUGCCACGGGCACAGCCGGUCCCUCCACAGCCAACGCCGCGGGCACAGCCACUUUCCCCACAGCCGGCGGCACGGGCACAGCCGGUUCCUCUCCAGCCAGCACUGCACAGGCACUGCCAGCCCCUCCCCAGUGAGCCCCGGAGGUGCAGCCAGCUCCGAGAUGGCCCAGAGCGUCGUUUAUGCUGACCUGAAGUUCGUGAAGGCCCCUGGGGGGAACAGCGUGUGCCCCAGGUCUUGGGAGGCAGCGCCCGCAGAGGACAACGAUGCAGAGCUCACUUACGAGAACAUCCAGCUGGCCCAGACUGGGGAGGUGAAGCAGGGGCAAGGGACAGAGCAGAGCAAAGAGCCCUGGUGGAGCACGCGGUACCUGCCCCUCGGCUUGCUGGGGACCUGCCUCUUCCUCCUGGCCACCACCAUCGGCCUGGGGGUUCGCUACUGGCAGGUUUCCCAGCAUCUGCAGCAGGCGUCCCGAGCGCACAAGGCAGAGAGCAGCCGCCUCUCCCAGCAAGUCAGCACCAAGGAGGCGACCCUGACGCAGACGGCGAGGGAGUUGGAGCAGGCCAGGCGGGAGUUGGAGCAGGCCAGGCGGGAGCUGGAGCAGGCGAGGCAGGAGCUGGAGCAGGCCAUGCAGGAGCUGGAGCUGAUGCGGCAGGAGAAGAACAGCACCCAGGAGCAGAUGCGUCAGCAGGAGGCCGUGUUAGAGGGAACAAAGGAGGAGCUGGCGAGGGUACAGGAGGAGAAGAGAGAAAUUAAAGAGAAGCUGAAACAAACAGAGAGUGCGCUGUCCAGCAUCCGCCCCUGCGAGCAGACAGGCUGCUGCCUGGCAGACUGGGUGUUGUACAGAGGAAAAUGCUUGUUCAUCUCGAAGGAGGUGAAGACUUGGGAAGAAAGCAAAAAAGACUGUGAACGGAACUCUGCUCGGCUUCUUAUCACCAAAUCCUGGGACUCGAGGACAGUGCCGAAUUUUCUGAAAAACACUGAUGUCCUGUACUGGAUUGGACUAGUCCAGAAUAAGGAUUCACCAUGGCAGUGGGUUGAUAACUCACCCUUUGAAAAAGAUUGGAGCUAUCCGAAUUACCGCUAUGGGAAGUGUGGAGCAAUAAGAAAUGGCUUCAUAAACAGGGAAUUUUGCUACUAUUCGAAGCCGUGGAUCUGUGAGAAGGCACCCAGCCAGCGCAGCCCAGCCAGAUUCUGGUUUCCUUAGAGUCCCUGGAGAGACAAUCAGCGAGAGCCCUACAGGACCAUCCUCUCCCGCUGCGCCAGGCUUGGCUCCUGUGUCAUCUUCCUGCCCUGCUCCCAGUGCCGAGGACACAGCACCCGAGGGCCAGCCCCACCAGCACUGCCCGCUCCACACUCAGCCUUGUCCCCUGCCUGGGGGACAGGUCCCCUGCUCCAGCCUGGAGCCCGGCCUCGCCCCCAGAAGGUGCCAGCUUGUGCGCUGGGCAGGGCAGGGUGCUCGCAGCGAAGGGCUGGGAGCGUCAUGCCCAGGAAAAGAGCUGCCGGCCAUCAGCACACAGCCAGCCCCCUUCCCACACAUGGGGCUGGGUUCCAUGGGGGCGAGCGGCCACUAAAUGUCCCAGUGGGGCAGGCUCCGGGGAGGGUCGCCCAGAGCUCUCCCCACCGCUGCCAACACCUGCCAGCAGGGUGGGAGCAGGGAGCUGCUCUCUGUCCCACAGACCCUCCUGCAGCCCCAUGGCUGUGGGCGUGGGCCCCAUGCAGGGCAAGCACCCUACCCCUUUCUAACGGUGAUGGGCUCCACGCAGGCCGGGUCACUCGUGCGGGGCGAUUUCUGCUGCCCACAGCCUGGCAUGGCUGGGACUGGGGCACUGCCCGGCAGCUGGGGCAGCUGAGCAGUGACCCGGAGCAGUGACCCAGUGACCCAGGGGUGUCAGUACUGGGCCUGGGGCGCAGCCCUUGCCACCCCGCCUUCCGCACCCGGCGUUUGAUGGGUCAGCGGGGCAAGGGCCGGGUGAGCACAACACGGCCGCCUCGGUCCUGCCCCCGGCCUUCAGAGACACAACACGCCCCCCCAUGGCUCCCCCCGGCCUUCAGUGACACAACACACCCCACACACACACCCCUCCGGCCUUCAGAGACACAACAUGCCCCUGCCCCUGCUCCCCUGGGCUUCAGAGACACAACAUAGAUUCAGAGACUCAUAGACAUUGAGGUCAGAAGGGAUCAUUCUGAUCGUCUAGUCUGACCCCCUGCACAGCGCAGGCCCCAGAAUCUCACCCACCCACUCCUGUAAUAAACCCCUGACCUAUGUCUGAGCUAUUGAAGUCCUCAAA